GCAGUGCUGCGAGCGCGCCGGUGGCCGCCCUUCCCCCACCACCAGCGGCGAGUGGGUGACAGAGCCCCCGUCUCCGCGCGUCUUCGCCGCCCUGCGCCGUGACCCGCUGUGGCACUGGGCCACGAGUGAAGGCUGCGCCCCUCCAGGAGAUGCGCCUCAGACGGGCGGCGAAGGGCUCGGGCCGCGCGGGAGCGAGUCCUGGAGCCCCGGCGGGCGCGCGCGCGCGCGGGACAAGGCCCCCGCCGGGGCGUGGUGGGGGCGUGGCCUGACACACCUGGCCACGCCCCGAUGCCUGGUGCCUCGUGGGUGGAGGAAGGACUGGAGCCUGGUCAGUUGCCGGUGGUGAAGGAGAACCGUGAUCCCUUUGUCAGAGGGUCUUCAGUGAGGUGUCCCCCUGAUCCUCGCAUCCACCCCGUGACUUCCAGCGUUAUCAUCUCCGUCGCUAUCCCAGGAACACGGGAGGUUCAGAAGGGGAAAGUGAUUUCCCUAAGGUCUCACAACCCGGUGGUACUUUAUUUCUGCCUUCAUAGUUCUCUGCCUUUGCCCAAAACUGCAGAAAAUGAACAAAUCCCAGGGAUCAGUUUCAUUCACGGAUGUGACUGUGGACUUUACCCAGGAGGAAUGGGAACAACUGGACCCCUCUCAGAGGAUCCUAUACAUGGAUGUGAUGCUGGAGAAUUAUAGCAACUUACUUUCAGUGGGUAAGGACGGUUUUCAGAAGUGUGGAAGGCUGAUGACCAGAUGGAGAGAGACCACAGAAACCCAGACGAGCAGGCGAGGCAAUUUUUAAUUCUUAAGAACCAAACCCCAAUUGAGGAAAGAGGCGAUCUCUUUGGAAAAGCACUUAAUCUGAACACAGACUUUGUUUCUUUAAGACAAGUACCUUAUAAAUAUGACUUAUAUGAAAAAACUUUGAAAUGUAAUUCAGACUUGCUUAAUAGUAAUAGAAGCUAUGCAGGAAAGCAGACUGAUGAGUGUAAUGAAUUUGGAAAAGCACUUCUCUACCUGAAGCAAGAGAAAACCCACAGUGGAGUAGAAUAUUCUGAAUACAAUAAAAGUGGAAAAGCCCUCAGCCAUAAAGCAGCCAUUUUUAAACAUCAGAAAAUAAAAAACUUGGUUCAACCUUUCAUUUGUACUUACUGUGACAAGGCUUUCUCCUUUAAGUCACUCCUCAUUAGUCAUAAGAGAAUACAUACUGGAGAAAAACCGUAUGAAUGCAGUGUAUGUAAGAAAACCUUCUCCCAUAAGGCCAACCUCAUCAAACAUCAGAGAAUUCACACUGGGGAGAAACCUUUCGAGUGUCCGGAAUGUGGAAAAGCUUUCACCCACCAGUCAAACCUCAUUGUACACCAGAGAGCACAUAUGGAGAAGAAGCCCUAUGAGUGCAGUGAAUGUGGAAAGACAUUUGCCCAAAAGUUUGAACUCACCACACACCAGAGAAUUCAUACAGGAGAGCGACCCUAUGAGUGUAACGAAUGUGCAAAAACCUUCUUCAAGAAGUCAAACCUUAUCAUACAUCAGAAGAUUCACACGGGGGAGAAACGCUAUGAGUGCAGUGAAUGUGGAAAAUCCUUUAUCCAGAACUCACAGCUCAUCAUACACAUGAGAACUCAUACAGGAGAGAAACCCUAUGAAUGUACUGAGUGCGGCAAAACUUUCAGCCAGAGGUCAACUCUUAGAUUACACUUGCGCAUCCACACAGGAGAGAAACCAUAUGAGUGUUCCGAAUGUGGGAAGGCCUUUAGCAGGAAGUCCCGACUCAGUGUCCAUCAGAGAGUUCACAUCGGGGAGAAACCCUGAAACUCCAGCCAGGUUGUACUGUGGAAAACUCCUGCCAGAACUCUUCAAGCGGGUGAGAAACCUCAUGACAGUAUUGAGGGAACAUGGGAAUUCAUACUGAGAUGCAAUCUCUCAACUCAAAAAUGUAUUAAAAAUAGGAUCCCAUGAGAACAUUAUACUGGAAGUUACAUGUGAUACCCAGCUAAAGAAUACAUAUCAGAAUAUAUCCAGUUGUAAAUAGCCACACCCAGUUGUACUACAAUGAGCUUUUUAAAAUCUUGAAUGAAUUGAGUAUUCUAGACAGCAGCAUAAGAAAUAUACAAACAGUAUCCUAUGAAUUUAGUGGUUUUAUGUGGAUAUGCCACAAAACACAAGUGGUAUGCUUUAGAUCUGCACAUGUGAAUUUAGCAUAAUCACUGGGAAUUUGAAAUUCUUGUCCUCUGUGAUAAUUAGGAGAUAAGAUUUUCCAUACUAAACAUCACAUGUGUUUUUCAGUAUCUCUGCAAUCCAGUAUGCAUUCCAAAUGAAAUGUGUAACAUUUAAAGUAGCAUGGAACCUACGUCUUUCCCUACUGCUUGCUGGCAUAUAUCAGUUGGUAUGAACAUUGUUCUUGAGCUGCCUCUUAGGAAACAGAAGACAGUGUUGAAGUUUUCCCUGCUUCUGGUUUGCUGAAGAUUUUCUAGAAGCACUAUUUACACAAAUAUGCAAAUGUGAAAUAACUGAUCUAUAACGUGAAGGAGGUAGACAUGAGCUGUACUACUCAGUAUGCACCACAGAAUAAGAGUUUGCCGUGUAAAGACAAUAUGCCUGUGGGAUAUUUGCAUACAAAUGCAUGUCUGUUACCAAAAUAUUGUGUAACACAGACAGAAACCACCUGUUUUUGUCUUCCCUUGUUUCCCUUAAUAUUUCAUGAAUUGUCUAGCAAAAAUGGUAGGAUGCUUCUGUAGUUCACAAAUGUUACAUUUCAGAGACUUUAGAGGAAAAAUUAUUUUAAAUAACUGUCAACUGUUUCAUUGCUUUUUAAAUUUUUCAUGUGCAUAACCCCCUUUAGAAGUGAAUUUUUACACUAUUUUGUUGUUUAAAGGAGGCAUUUCUACUUCCUUGAGUUUUGCUGUUGCCAACCUAAAACAUUUCCCUUUGGAACAUGAGUUAUAAGUUAUUACUUUUCCUUUACAUGUUUACACUUUUAUAAAAGUCAGAUUUUUCAGUGGUCUCUCCAGAUAUUAACAAGAAUUGUUGUGUAACUCAAAGAUUUGCUUUUAUAGACUUGAUUUCAAAUUCUUAAGUUCAGCCUUUCCCUAUCGAUCACAAAUCAUGUAUUGGAAAUUAUAAAUGGCAACCAAAAACUGGCUUUUAAAAAAUAUUUUUGGAUAUCAUUGAUGUGCUGUCACACUAUAUAUUAAUUUGAAUGACUUUCUGAACAAAUUUAUCCAGAACAUCCAUAGCCCAAUAAGCUUUUGUCUAAGUUGUCAUCUUACUUACUCACAAAGGAGGGGAAAACGUUAUUUCCAUAGCUGCUUUUAGAAAUGUAAAUUGUAACAGCCUCCUUGGAAAACAUUGUGAGUCUGUUUUAACAUUAACAUACUCUUACAACCUAGGAAUCUCCUGGGAAUCUAUCCCUAAGGAAUAAAAAGUGCCAGUACUUAAGAUUAUAUGUUUACUAAUGUAUGUUGUAUUUUUUGGUAAGGACCAAAAAAACAAAAAAAGAAAAAAGACCAUCAGUAAGGGAAUGGAUGAAUAAACUGUGGUAAAAACAUACCAUGGCUGAAUGGUAUUUCCUUGAAAAGAAUGUGUGGGAACAAACUCCAAACUUCUCUAGGUCAAAUCAGGAAAGCAAGAGGGGAGACAGAGAGUGUAUGUGUGUGUGUAGCAGUUUUUAUAAAAUAAAGAUAAACCCUUAUA